AUGAAUAAGUUUAAAGAUAUUUUUAUAUAUUUCCCAAAUUAUCCAUUGUAUCCGAUGAGAAUUUUAAAAAAAUUUGAUAAAAUUAUAAAGAUACAAUGGGGUGGUUAUGAAUAUCAAAAUAUAUUUAGAGACAGAUCUUAUAAACAAGUUCAACAAAAAUUCAUUGAUGCUCUAUUGUCGAUUGAAAUGAAUCGACAAUCAUCAGUCCAAAUUCUAAAAAUAUUUUUAACAGAUAAUAUGAAGUGGUUGAUUUUUAGAGUGAAAAAAGAACUUAUUUGGUUCUGUGUAGGUGCAAAUGGGGUCUUGAACUAUCAAUAUAUAAUUAUUGCCACCUACUCUCUUUAA